AGGACACGUAGAAUAUUACCCUCCUCUCGAAUACCUAGUCCCUCCCAUUCCUUUUCGUUUUCUUCCUCUGUUUCCUUUUCCCUCUCUCAUCUCCAGCCCACCUCAACAUCUUCUCUCUCUCAGCUUGUGAAUCGGUGUUCUCCCACCUGGUCGUCGAUUUCGCUUAAGCUCACUGUUCUUGUGCUAACUCACUUCGGCCGACGGAGAUGGAUUGAAGGGCGAGGUUCCUCACUUCGGCCUGAGGAGAGCGAGAGGGGGGAAAUUUAAUGACAUUGCUGCAUCGAAUCUGGGUUUUGAUGGAUGAAUAUGUUUCAAUCUGAGGAGAUUUCUAGAAUAUGCUCUCUCUGCGAUUCGUUCGCAGAUUCUGUCAUGCUAUUGCCACCAUUGCAUCAACUGAAAGUUUUGCAGCCGUAUCAAAUUUCAUUCGAGACUCGAAACCACUAGAAGAACCUGCCCUUGUGAAGCUUAAAAACGAGCGGGACCCUGAGAAGCUGUUCCAUUUGUUUAAGGCCAAUUCACACAAUCGCCUUGUCAUUGAAAAUCGAUUUGCAUUUGAGGAUACAGUGUCUAGGCUAGCUGGUGCGGGCCACUUUGAUUACAUUGAGCAUUUGCUUGAGCAUCAGAAGUCUCUUCCGCAGGGUCGGCGUGAAGGGUUCGUUGUGAGGAUCAUAAUGUUGUAUGGUAAGGCUGGAAUGACUAAACAUGCUAUCGAGACCUUUUAUGAUAUGCAUUUGUAUGGAUGUCGAAGGACUGUUAAAUCUUUCAAUGCUGCCCUUAAGGUUUUGACGAGAACACGUGACUUAAGAGCAAUUGAGGAAUUCCUUAACGAUGCUCCUGUGAGGUAUUGUGUUGAAUUGGACAUUUAUUCAGUUAACAUUGUUAUAAAGGCUUUUUGCGAUAUGGGUUUUUUGGAUAAAGCAUAUUUAAUCAUGGUAGAGAUGGAAAAGUUGGGAUUAAAGCCGGAUGUGAUUACGUACACAACCCUUAUUUCUGCAUUUUAUGAGGAUAACCGGUGGGAGAUUGGUAAUGGGCUGUGGAAUAUAAUGAUGCUAAAGGGGUGUCUACCAAAUCUUGCAACUUUUAAUGUUAGGAUCCAACAUUUGGUUAAUAGGAGACGAGCAUGGCAAGCCAAUGGUUUAAUGGUUACGAUGCAGAAGCUUGGGAUCACACCUGAUGAGGUUACCUAUAAUUUGGUGAUCAAAGGAUUUUGCCAGGCUGGGUAUCUUGAAAUGGCCAAAAGGGUCUAUUCUGCCUUACAUGCCAAGGGCUACAAACCCAACAUUAAAAUUUAUCAGACCAUGAUUCAUUAUCUCUGUAAGGGAGGGGAUUUUGAUUCGGCGUAUGGGAUGUCUAAAGAAUGCAUGAGAAAGAAUUGGUUUCCAAAUGUUGAUACCAUUCAUUCCUUGCUUGAAGGCCUCAAGAAGAAUGAGCAGCUUGGUAAGGCAAAGGUCAUCCUGGCAAUGGCUCAGAAUAGGGUACCUCCUUUUUCUUCGAGCCAAUUGGGUGCUUCAAAAUCCACAUUGUCCAAGUAUUGAAGUAAGACGAUGGACUGGUAAGCCUGUAGUAGUUUGAUUAAUGUAGCAGAGGAAUGCUACUUAUAAAAAAAAAAUGUAGCAGAGGAAUGCUUAGUCGGAGCUGGUAUUCUUUUACACAAUUCAUUUGUAAAUUUGCAAAACUAAUUGGACUUGGGAUCUUAACGGGUUUAUUCAUACCAAAGGCACUUGCUGUUUACUCCAGUUAACUUGUUGUAACACCUCUAUAAAUUCAUGAUGAAAGGAGAGUUCUUGAUGGAUGUCGGUUGCCCAUGUUCUUUGUAAGUUCAUUAUGCAAUCCCUCUCUGCCUCUCUCUGUCUCUCUCUCAUAUGCCUGUGUAUGUAUUAUGGGCACUACAUUGACUGUAGUCACAUGAAAUGCCAUUCAUUUUUUAAGUUUAGUCUUUUGUUUCUGCCUUUUUAUACCACAAAUGCAAUGCCAUUCCUUAUCACGAGUGGCAGUUUGCAUGAGUUCAUGUCUGUCAACGUGGACCGUAGUGAAUUGACUCCUGAUAUGAUAUGGAACACAAUCCGGAGCAAACAUGAAUAGUAGCAUCAUAUUGUAUCAAUAGUAAUGCAAUGAAAUUCUUUGGUAAUAAGGUUCAUCCAAUAUUACUUGUGUUGGCAUUUUCGUACAUGUAUUAGCGUGCAUUUUUUUAAUCUUUUAUGUUAUUUGAAAGGAAGAUAGUUCAUCAUAGUUAGAUGUUAACCCAAUCCUGGUGGUAGUUCCCAAGAUUCCCAUUCUUGUUAAUUUUUCAGUUUCAAUGGUGAACAAAGGGAGUGGUCAAUGAAAGAAGGAGAUUCAUUCCUUGUUAUAGAUUUCAAUCCGAUGCUAAAAUCAGUAAAUAAUUAGCUUGCUCUUUGUCAUUAUAUUUUGGAUCUUGUUAUGCCAUAUGUCAAAGGAUGCUUAUGGAAAUGGGAUGUCAUGUGAUGGCUGAUAAUUUAAGGUGUUUUAUAAUAGCUGACCAUGACUUGAUAACUUACAGUUAUAACGGGUUUGAAGUAUUCAGCUUUGCAAUGUUGUGGUCAUAUCCUGAGAGUCAAAGGAAAGUUGAUAAAAUAGUUGGGCUGUAUAUAACAUUUUAGGCAAGUUUGUCUGCUUUGAUUGAGUCAGAAGUAGAGCUAAAUCCUUUUGAACUUGGGUGAUAGCCCUUGUCAUGGAAAUAGAAAAUAGUUGUACUAGGUCGGAGUUUUGAGGAUCGUGAACGGACAAUGGAUGAGAUUAGAAUUUUUUUUCUUCAUACUUUAUUCUAUUGGUUGAUUGUAAUAAACUUUAAUGGCACGAACGUACAUGAUGUUCUUGUAUCUUUAGACAGUCAUGCAUAGGUGUGGCUCUUGUAUAUGUCCUGUGUACUUUGGCUUCACCUAUUUUUAAUAAAAUUCUUAUGUACUGAUACAAAAAAAAAAAAAGUUCUUGUAGAACCUUGUAAUAGAUAAUUUAAUAUAGGUGCCUUUUAUUGAUUUCAUUUUUUUUUUCUCUAAAUUGGUGUUGUAGCUUCUCUGUGUGACGGCUGCUCUUAGCAGGAUCUUUACUAAUCCAGAGUGCAUUAAGAGGGCCAUUUGAUUGUGAACUGCAGUUACAUGUGAAGUGACAGUGAAUCCAUCACAUAGUUCUGGACCCUGAAUUCUCAUUACUUUGGGUAGAGUGACAUUUGUCAGAUCACUAAUUGGGUUGUCCAAGUGUUUGCAUUUUUUGGCAAGAAGGCCAGCUGGUUAUAAGCUGUUCCAUAGAGUCUGACAUGGUGCAUUUAGAGGAAAUGAACAAUUGAAUACUCAAAAGAGUUUCUGGUUUAUCGACUGGAGCUUGUCUUUCUUAGAAUGGACAGAAUGCUCACAUUUAAAAUUUUGUUCUGUAGCAUAUAGUUGGUUUGCUAAAUGCCACCAAUAGAUGACUUGAAAAUGUAUGCUCAACUGAAGCAAUUUUAUGGGGAGUGUAACCACUUCUAAUAAAGAACUAUGCUUUAUUGUUCUUAUAGAUGUUAGCUUUGAGUAUAUUGAAGAACGCAAAAUGAUGGAAAAAGAAAAAACAGAGAUGAAGAGAAAAGAACCAUAAAAACAGUCGAGAAUUUCUACAUGGAGGCGUGGCAAAGUCAUUCUGAGAAAAGGAAAAAGAAUCCAUUGAUGGAAUUUCUCUCCAGACUCCGUCGCUUUGCUGUAAUCUGAUGGAUAAACAUGUAUAGUAGAAUGAAGAGACUCUUGGGGUUCCACGACUACAUGUUAAAAUCUUGUUUGCUGGCAUUCAAGGAGAAGUGAAAUCAAAUAGCUGCUCCUACUCCAACUCCAUUUCCGUUCUGUUUUACUUCAGGGAGCAAAUCUUUAUAUUAACAUGAUAGUGAAGCAGACUUCUUUUGAUAUUGAACUAUAACUUAAGACAAUUUAAUGAUUAAUACUAACAAUCUAAGAUGAAUCCUUAG